AAAUAAGUAACUCAGCCUCCGUGGGGCCACCCUCCUUCCAUAUAUAUCUCCCUGACAGCAUGGUUUCCAACACAAUCCUCAUUUUUUUUAAUUCCAGGAACUGGGAUUUCUUGAACCGGACUUCUGACCAUUUCUUCUGCUACUUCCUCAGGAAUUCACAUGGGUAUAGAGGCUGAAAAGUUUUCUGCAAUGGAGUACUCUAAUGGCAAUGUAUUUCAACUAGUUGUGAAACAAGGAGAGCCAACUCUUGUUCCUCCAGCCGAGGAGACAGAGAAGGGUCUUUACUUUCUCUCCAACCUUGACCAAAACAUUGCAGUGAUUGUGCGUACAAUCUACUGCUUCAAGUCAGAAGAGAAAGGAAAUGAAAAUGCUGGAGAAGUGAUCAAGAAUGCCUUGAAAAAGGUUCUUGUGCACUACUAUCCUCUUGCCGGGCGGCUAACAAUAAGCUCAGAGGCAAAGCUUAUUAUAAAUUGCACUGGAGAAGGUGCUGUUUUUGUUGAGGCUGAAGCAAACUGUGCACUGGAAGAGAUUGGUGACAUAACAAAGCCCGAUCCAGACACUCUUGGGAAGCUGGUUUAUGACAUUCCUGGUGCAAAGAACAUACUGGAGAUGCCUCCUUUGGUGGCUCAGGUCACCAAGUUCACAUGUGGAGGAUUUGCACUAGGAUUGUGCAUGAAUCAUUGUAUGUUCGAUGGCAUUGGUGCUAUGGAAUUUGUGAACUCAUGGGGUGAAACAGCCAGAGGCUUGCCACUCUGUGUCCCUCCAUUCAUUGACAGAAGCAUACUUAAAGCCCGGAACCCUCCAAAGAUUGAGUACCCCCACCAAGAAUUCGCCGAGAUAAAAGACAAGUCCAGCACAAAUGACCUUUACAAAGAUGAAAUGCUCUACAGCUCCUUCUGUUUCGAUUCUGAAAUGCUUGAAAAGAUCAAAAUGAAAGCCAUGGAAGAUGGGGUUCUUGGAAAGUGCACUACUUUUGAAGGGCUCUCAGCUUUUGUAUGGAGAGCUCGAACCAAGGCACUCAAAAUGCUGCCUGAUCAACAAACAAAGCUCCUAUUUGCUGUCGAUGGAAGGCCAAAAUUUAAACCCCCCCUACCAAAAGGGUACUUCGGAAAUGGAAUUGUGUUGACCAAUUCGAUGUGCCAAGCAGGGGAACUACUAGACAGGCCACUAUCACAUGCAGUGGGGCUUGUUCAAGAUGCAAUUAAAAUGGUCACAGACAGUUACAUGAGAUCUGCUAUGGAUUAUUUUGAAGCAACAAGAGUUAGGCCUUCUCUGGCUUCGACUCUACUGAUAACAACUUGGUCUAGGCUAUCUUUCUACACUACAGAUUUUGGGUGGGGAGAGCCAGUUCUAUCUGGGCCAGUGGCAUUACCAGAGAAGGAAGUCAUCCUGUUCCUAUCUCAUGGCAAAGAGAGAAAAAGCAUAAAUGUGCUUCUGGGUCUGCCAGCUUUAGCCAUGAAGACCUUCCAAGAAAUGAUACAGAUUUAGAGAUCAUUUCACGUUUAUUUGUAUGUUCUUCUUAUUUUUCACCAUGGUGGCUGUAUUGUGCUUGUCCUACACUAUUGUUUAAUCAACUGAAUUGAUUAUUGUUCCUAAAAGUCCUUGUUAGAAUUAGAGGUGAAUUUAUGUUCUUGAACCUAGAGUUUACCUCAUUUGUCAGGUCAUGCCCAGUGGAAUUUGUGUUGGCAACAUUCUUAUAUCUAUGUGCUUGUGGUUGAUAUUAAGAUUUAAUGAAAAAUUCUAUUCAAUUU